AAGGAUCCUCGCCAUAUCAAUGGAUUCCUAAGGGACUAUGGGUGGCUCAGGGUUACAGAGGGAAGGCAUUAUAGGAACCUCAGUGAAUUGGUUGAGCCCCCAAGCCAGAGGAACCCAGGAUUAUUGGCACUCAAGGAGAGGAUGGAGGGAUACUUUGGCAGAAUCAGGGGUGACAUUUUGGGAGGAAUGGCCCUUUUGAUUUUGAGAUGGGUAAACACACCUGAAGGGGACACUAAUCACAGGCCAUUUGGGCAUGUGCAGAAUCAGAGUACACUACACAAAUACCACAUGUUUUGCUUCCAACUAGUCUGCUUUGUCCUUCGUCACCUGUCCCUUGAUGAACCCCCCAUCCCAGUCCAGUUCACUGCCUUGCAGAAGGAAAAGGCAUCCAAUCUUCAACUUACACUUGAUCAUCCAGAUGCAUACACUGAGGAGAUGUGGGACAGUGCCAUACACUCGCUUCUGGUUGCGAUCUUCUUUUCUAAGCCUCACACAGCAAGCAAGCAUGCUGACAAGGAUCCCCUUCACAUGGCCCUCAUUCUCAUGAACGUGAAUGCAGAUGAUGGUGGCAACUUUAACCGUUGUUCUGUGAUUGCUGGGAAGCUCUCUGGGUUCCUUCACAUUAUGCGCCUGGUUGCUGUGAAGGAGAUUAGGAGACAGGCUGAUGAGAAGGGGGAUGUGGAGGAUGCAGAGUUUGAGGUCUGCAAGGGAUUCUGUCGCAAGUGGCUGAGGCAGGGAGAAUCCAGUCCAUUUGACAUGGUCUACUCAUUGGACCAGUACUGCACCAAGGUGGCCUAUCAAGAGAGGCAUCUUCCUUCAACUCUGUGGGAUGACAAGCACAGGAUCAUUGCAGUCAAGGGAAAGAGUGUGGAUCUGGCCGAUAUUCCAAGGGCCUACAGUGCUGUGAUGGAUCGGGCCAAGUCACUGUUUGGGUGGCUCAUGACUGGUAUCAAUGCAGAGCUGGAAUUCCCUUACAAAUUAAUUGGGGAUGAUCUAGAGUUGGGUUGGGUUGGGUGGCAAAAGACAAAUCGCGUGUUUUAGAAAUCGAGUGUUUUAGAGAAGUUAAUGAGGAUAGGGACAGAGCAAAAGGGAGGACCUUAUCCCACAAGAGAUACAGGUG